GAUCAUCUUCUUCUUUAUAGAUAAGAACCGUAGAACAGAUAUAAUUUGAAUAUUAAUCAAAGAUCAUGUCUCAUAUCGCUGUUGAGAGGAAUCGAAGAAGACAAAUGAACGAGCAUCUUAAAUCCCUUCGUUCUUUGACACCUUGUUUCUACAUCAAAAGAGGAGAUCAAGCUUCAAUAAUCGGAGGAGUGAUAGAGUUCAUCAAAGAGAUGCAGCAAUUGGUGCAAGUUCUCGAGUCCAAGAAACGUCGAAAGACACUAAGCCCGCCUUCUUUUCCUUGUGAUCACAAAACACUCGAGCCAUCCUUGUUAGCUGCCGCCCCCAACGCAACCACCAGAAUGCCAUUUAGUCAAAUCGAGAAUGUAAUGACCACGAGCACUUUCAAGGAAGUGGGAGCAUGUUCCAACUCCCAUCAUGCAAACGUUGAAGCCAAAAUCUCAGGCUCUAACGUUGUACUCAGAGUUGUCUCUUGGAGAAUUGACGGCCAGCUGGUGAGGAUCAUAUCAGUCUUGGAGAAACUCUCUUUCCAGGUUCUUCAUCUCAACAUUAGCAGCAUGGAGGAGUCUGUCUUAUACUUCUUCGUUGUCAAGAUAGGACUGGAGUGUCACUUAAGCUUGGAGGAACUAACCCUUGAAGUUCAGAAAAGUUUUGUGCCUGAAGCCAUCGUAUCUACCAACUAAACCAAUGUGCUUACGUGCAUCGUUACAUGAGCAUACUUAACACUUUGCUAGAAAUAAGCUCCUAUAAUACCCUUAUCACUUUUUAUGUUGUAUUUUUUUGCGCUAAAAUUUGGUGCACACUUUUUUAUGUUGUUGUGUCCGAACUCAAAUCGAAUUUGUAUUUUUCCA